AUGCUAGCGACCAUCCUCACCCGCCCAAACAACACCGUUAUCGCCGCCGUCCGCGACCCGCAAGCGGCGGCGUCACAGAGCCUCAACGAGCUCCCCAAAGCCCAAGGGACAUCGCUGCACAUUGUCAAGAUCGACUCGGCCGUGCCCACCGACGCCGCCGCCGCCGUCGAGGCCCUCGCAGCCGCCGGCAUCACGUCCAUCGAUACCGUUAUUGCCAACGCCGCCCAUGCUGACGUCGCCGACUCCGUGCUCGGCACCAGUCCGGACGACGUCCGCCGGCAUCUGGACGUCAACCUGAUCGGCGUGCUGGCGCUCUUCCAGGCCGUCGAGCCGCUCCUCCGCAAGGCGCAGAACGGGAACCCCAAGUUCGUCGCCCUCAGCUCCAACCUGGGCAGCAUCGGCCUGGCCCCUUUCAUCCCCGGCCCGUGGUUCUGCUACGGCGUCACCAAGGCCGCCGUGAACUACCUGGUGCGCCGCAUCCACGUCGAGAACGACUGGCUGACCGCCGUGGUCCUGCAGCCUGGCUGGGUGCAGACCGAGAUGGGCAACUUCGCCGCAACGAGCGUGGGCAUGGAGAGCGCCCCGAUGAAGCUCGAGGACAGCGUCGUGGGCUGCUUAAAAGUCAUCGAUGCGGCGUCGCGGGAGAAGUACGCCGGUGAGUUUGUCAACAGCGAGGAGGAGACGGUUUUGUGGUAG